AUAUAUGAUAUUUGAGUUGUUUAACUUACCACUUUGGAGGCAGCAGGCAGCAGGCAGCAGGCAGCUAUUCUUUGCAGGGUAGUGCUCCGAUCUCCCACUGCUGUUUGGCAGCCGAUUGAUCAUGGCGUGGAAUUUUUGCGACAUGCGAUUCAUCCUUAUUGCCGCCGCGUUGGUCUUCAUUCUUCUCCAGGUCCACCUUUACACAACCCAAACGGAGUACCCAGAGCGCCUGGCAAUUGCUAUUGGAGCUGAAAAUCAGUGUAGGAGCCAUACCCGGUUGUUAAUUGACCAGAUAAGCCUGCAACAAGAGAAAAUUGUUAAUCUAGAAGAUUUGAAUAGACGUUAUGAAGAGGAGUCUGCUCAACUGAAGACUCUUGUCCGGGAUCUUGAAAAAAAGAGCUUCCAAAGAAUAUCUGGAAAAUUUGAGGUGCCUGUGGCAGCAGUUGUGAUAAUGGCUUGCAAUAGACCAGACUAUCUGGAGAGGACUAUUUCAUCUGUGCUGAAGUAUCAGAGUGCAGUCACGUCAAAAUUUCCUCUUUUUGUAUCUCAGGAUGGGACGAAUCCAGAUGUUAAAAAAACUGCUUUAAGUUAUAGUCAGAUAACAUACAUGCAGCAUUUGGAUUUUGAACCAGUACAUACAGAGAGACCUGGAGAGUUAAUUGCAUACUAUAAAAUUGCAAGACACUACAAGUGGGCCUUGGAUGAAUUAUUUUUGAAGCAUAAUUUUGAUCGAGUAAUUAUUUUAGAAGAUGACAUGGAGAUCGCACCUGAUUUUUUUGAUUAUUUUGAAGCUACAGCAGCAUUAUUAGACCGAGAUAAGUCAAUCAUGGCUGUUUCUUCUUGGAAUGAUAAUGGUCAAGUUCAAUUUGUGCAUGAUCCUAAGGCUCUUUAUCGUUCAGAUUUUUUUCCUGGACUUGGAUGGAUGUUGUUGAAAGCCACAUGGGAGGAGCUAACGCCAAAAUGGCCUAAAGCUUAUUGGGAUGAUUGGAUAAGGUUGAAGGAUGUGCACAAAGAUCGUCAAUUUGUUCAUCCUGAAAUUUGCAGGACAUACAACUUUGGUGAGCAUGGUUCUAGCAUGGGACAAUUCUUUAAGCAAUAUCUGGAGGCCAUUAAACUAAAUGAUGUUCUAGUUGACUGGAAAUCAAUGGAUCUGAGCUACAUGAUGGAGGGAGAAUAUCAAAAGCACUUCGCAAAACUCGUGUCAGAUGCCGUAUCAGUCCCUGGACCUGAUACUGCUUUGAAGGCGAAAUUCGUAGACCGUGAUGUGCGGAUUCAAUAUAAGGAUCAGUUAGAUUUUGAAAGAAUUGCUAGACAAUUUGGGAUUUUUGAAGAAUGGAAG